AUGCGAAGUGUUAGGAUCACCAGUCGUUUUGCUUUAAAUAAAUUUAAGGUUUUCAAAUUAAUUGCCCGAAUUUUCAAUAAAAUGACCACUUCAUUAGACCCCUUAAAAUAUUCAAUAGAAAAUCCUUUAAUUGUAAUAUCUGGAUGUACUGGAACUGGAAAGAGCGAUUUGGGCGUUGCUAUUGCUAAACAAUUCAAUGGGGAAAUUAUUAAUGCUGAUUCUAUGCAAAUUUAUAAAGGUUUGGUCUGGGGAUUUUUUUAAAUUGUUUUGCGGACAAAAUUUGCGGACAAAAAAAUUUUUGAAAAAAUAUUUUAAAUCCUUUGUAUUUUUUGGAAAUUUUCUUUUAAUUUUUAAAAAUUAAUUUUUAGUUUUAUAUUAAAUAAUAAAUUUUUUUGUCUCAAAAAUGGAAUUUCCACAAAUUCUUCCAAUCCUCCAAAGCCAAAAAAAUUAAAAAAUUCAACUGACCCGAUUACCUC